AAUAGCUGCCGAGGGAUGAAGUCUCCACCUCUCCUCGUGGCUGUGCUCGUGGCGUGCAUCAUUGUUUUGGGUUUCAAUUACUGGAUUGCAAGUUCUCGCAGCGCGGAUCUGCAGGGUCGAGUCAUGGAUCUGGAAGGCAAAGUCCGCAGGGCGGCAGCAGAGAGGGGCGCUGUGGAGCUCAAAAAGAAUGAAUUCCAAGGGGAGCUAGAGAAGCAGCGACAGCAAAUCGACAAAAUCCAGUCCUUGCACAGCUUUCAGAUGGAAAAUGUCAACAGGGUACAUCAGGAAGAGAAG